UUGACGCUUCCGUUCUCUGGCCAUACUGUCCUACCACUGACCAGCUGUUUUGGCGGCAACGAGUUCUUGUGCCGAUUUUUUGUUUAUUUGAAAUACAACGCAGUUAGGGAAUAAACAACAAACAUAAUGAUCCAGGAGAGCGCGGUCAACGAGGCGCUAAAGAAGCAUUUUGGCCAUUCAAAGUUCAAGUCCGAGCUACAGGAGCGAGCCGUGCGAUGUGCUGUGAAAAAAAAGCAAGACGUAUAUGUUUCGAUGCCUACUGGAUCGGGUAAAUCCCUGUGCUUCCAGCUGCCUGGCCUGAUGUCCGAGAACCAGAUAACCAUUGUCUUUUCGCCGCUCCUCGCCUUAAUCAAGGAUCAGAUUGACCAUUUGACCAAACUGAAAGUACCGGCUGACUCGCUGAACUCCAAAAUGAGCACCAAGGAGCGUGACCGGGUCAUUAUGGAUCUGCGGGCGGUGAAGACCAGUCUGAGGUUCCUGUACAUCACACCGGAGCAGGCGGCCACCAAGUUCUUCCAGGAGCUGCUGCAGACUCUGCACAAGCACAAGAAAUUAGCCUACUUUGCGGUGGACGAGGCCCAUUGCGUCAGCCAGUGGGGACACGACUUCCGGCCGGAUUACCUUAAGCUGGGCGACCUACGUUCCAAAUAUCCGGACAUCACCUGGCUGGCAUUAACGGCCACAGCCUCUAAGGAGGUAAAGGAGGAUAUAUACAAGCAAUUGCAUUUGCAUCAGCCAGUGGCACAAUUCUGCACACCCAGCUUUCGGAAGAACCUCUUCUACGACAUUGUCUACAAGAAUUCCAUUGAGGAUGACUUCCAGCACUUGGCAGACUUUGCCAGGCAUUGCCUUGGCGAUCCCAAGGAGUUCAAAGAGCAGCCAAAGGCCCAGCGUGGCUGCGGCAUUGUCUACUGUCGCACCCGCGAGCAAGUGGAGCGCAUGGCGAUCGGCGUUACCAAGCAGGGUAUCGGAGCCGUUGCCUAUCAUGCUGGCCUCAAAACAGGGGAACGCACAGAGGUGCAGGAGGCAUGGAUGCGGGGAGAUCAGCCCAUUAUAUGCGCCACCAACAGCUUUGGCAUGGGCGUGGACAAGGCGAGUGUGCGCUUCGUUAUCCAUUGGGAUGUGCCACAGAAUGUGGCUGCCUAUUACCAGGAAUCGGGUCGCGCUGGUCGCGACGGCUUGCCCUCGUUUUGUAGAUUAUAUUACGGCCGUGAAGAUGUGCGAAGUAUACGAUUUCUGCUGCAGAACGAUGCAAACAGGGCGCGAGGUCGUGGUGAUAAGGAAAUGCUUACGGCAAGAGCCAUCAAACAGUUUGAAAAGAUCACCGAAUUCUGCGAGCGAACAACGUGCCGGCACAAACUCUUUUCCGACUUCUUUGGGGAUCCGGCGCCCGACUGCAGCGGCCAGUGUGAUGUCUGCCGGCGACCCCAGAAAGCGGAGAAGGCGCUGGAAAUGUUCCACCGUUUGUGCAUGGAUGACACCUUCAAGUCCCAUAUCUCGCUGCAGGAUUGUGCGGAUCUAUACGAAGGUGGACGCCCUGGCCAAAAGCGUGCUGCCCAGGAAUAUGCAUCUGGGGAUUCUGACUCUGAAGGCGCCGGCUCCCACUCCUCGAUGGCAAAGAAGGCCAAAAAGGAAAGUGAAGAUUUCAUUAAGCAACAGUUCAAGUUGCGCAAGCAAAUUAGCGCUGCCCGUCAGCUGGAACAGGAUACGGCGGCCCAAAUCUCUCGCAUCCGACAGGCUGAGGCCACGGAAAAGAAAAUAGCUGGUCUCCAGGCCACUCACAGGGAGAAGUAUCUAACGGCCAUUAUUGAUACUCUGAAAGCCAAUGUGGACAAGUGCAAGGAUGAACCAGAACAGCAGCCGAAGAGUGUCCUAAAAUACAAUGACUACGAAGCCAUUGCCGUGGACAUGGAGUACGAGGUGUUCCGCCAACAGAAAGUGGCCAAUAUGUACCGCCAUGCCUUAGCCAAGCAGAUUUCCAUUAUUAAACAACUCACAGGAAAGUUGCAACUAAUGCCUCUGCUGGCUGAUUAUAUUCCCAAACCGGAAACUAGUGCAAAGGGCGUCUGGACGGGAGGCAGUGUGGCCUAUUUUGAGCGGAAACUCAAAGAACUGGAGGAACAGAGACCGCAGAGUCUCAAGGAAGUGCCAAAAGCUUUAAAGGAGCGAAAGGGUUUCAAGCAGGACAGCAGCAACAGUAAGCAGACUUCCAUUUCCUCAUUCUUCAAAAAAGAGUUGAAGGAGGAACCAACAUCGGGUUCCUCGAAUGAAGAGGAACCUGAAGAAGCUGAGAAGGAUGUGGGGAAUAAAACUCCUGAAGACCCGCCUUCCGAUCAUGUCAAAGAUGAACCUAUGGAUGAAGAUAGUCCUGAAGCUGAUGCCGAACUCGAUCCCCUGCCCGACAGUAUAAUUGGUGAGAGAAAGUACAAACUGAUGGCGAAUGGCGAUGGCAGCUAUGACACUCAUCGGCGAAAAAGAGUUUCCCAUCAACACGAACCCAAGACGAAGGCCAAGAGCAGCAUGCAUCAUCUCUUUGGUUCCUUCAAAAGUGAAUCCGAUGAGGAGCAGGAUCAACAGCCUUCUAUUGGUUUCAAAACCGCUCGACAAAUGAUGGAAGAAAAAGAGGCAAAAUCAGAAAGCAAUCAAAAUCAAAGGAAGACAAGCAAGGAAUCCUCCGAGGAUAUAGGCUUCAUUUCAGCCCGCGAAAUGUUGGAGAAAAACAAACUCAAAAACGACGAAAAGCUCGAAAAGUCAAAUUACAAAACUGAAACCCUGGGUUUCAUUUCAGCCCGAGAACUGUUGGAAAACAACAAACUUAAGGAAGAAAGUUUGGAUAAUAAGGACGUUAAGCCUAAUAAGUUAGAAAGUAAGGAUGCAAAGUGUCUAGACAAGGAUAGGAGUUCCCAAAAAGAGUCAAGAUCUAGCAAGGAUAAGGGCAGGGACUCCAGUGAAUCAGAAAAGCAUUUAAAGGAUUCUGGAUCCCGGAGAAAAGAUGGCAAGGAGGGAGCAGACUACAAAAGAGAGAAAGAAUCAACCGCCAAGGACUCAUCGUCCGCAGAAAGGAAAGCUUCUAAAGACUCUUCGGCAGAGAGGAAAGCUUCGAAAGACUCUUCAUCAGAAAAGAGACCUUCGAAGGACUCUUUAUUAGAAAAGAAACCUUCGAAGGACUCAUCCUCGGAAGAGAAAGACCCAUCCAAUUUAAAGAAAAAACCAGAGAAAAAUCAGCAUAAGAACGAUGUGAGUAAAAACGUAGUUCAAUGGCUGAAUCCCUACUAUAAACGAAAGAUAGCCACCAAGGAGCUAUUUAAAGCCUUGGCAAAAUUGCUAACUCAACGGAUUUGUGAAGGCAGCUUAGGAGACGGAGAUGCUGGUAAAUGCUACAUCAAGGAGACCUUCCAUGGCUUGCAGAUGAUCAACAAUGAUCAGGAUAUUGAGAAAUAUUUCAUUGAAUCCAAGUGACUUUAUGACACACAACGAAUAGUGUUU